UUCUACCUCUCCCGCAAUGCCUUAGCAUACUUAAAGAUUAUAAAGAAAAUUUGCACUACAUUUGCAUCUUUAGCAGAGAUUGUUAAUAGCCUAAAGCUAGCUUUAUGCUUAUAUCUACAUGCAUGUAUUAACAAAAGUCUGCGUUUAACACCCCCGAGGCCUAGUAAGCUUAGCUAA